AUGCUGAACGAUGCGACUGGAAAUAGUCGGAAAAGGAAAGACCAUGAACAACUGCCAUUUCUAUUAGAAAUCCAGCAACUGUACAAGAGUCCAGUGCUAUCGACUGCUCCGGAUUUAAACGGUCUUUUUGGACUGCCAACCUCCACGAACACUGUUAGCACCACUCAUGAUAGUAGUCGGAGCAACUUCUCUUAUGAACUGGAAGGAUUCCCCUUCAAUGCCAUUCCUGUUGGCUCUUCACUGGAUUUGUUUCUAUUGAAUCAACUACAAUCUCAACAUCAUCCUCUGUCCAACAUGACUGCAUUGGACUCUUCUCGACUUACUACUGGAUCCAGUACAGAUGCCGACGUUACACUCCAUCCUGCAUUCUCUCAUCUCUUUUCAUCCUCAUCUCAUGCAUCCUCCUUACUGCCAGAACUUGCUCCAUCUAUGGAUAUCCGCAAUGCUUCCAACUCUGCAUUGUCACGCUCCGCUCAGGAUACUCCAUCCACCUCCAUAUCGACUGUCUGUGCAUUAGAUACACUGUCCGAAGAUUACAAUGCAUCACUGAAUCACCAGGCAAAAAAGCCAAACAACACUGGCAGCAGCAGUGGCCGUAUCUACAUCAAAUGGACUGACGAUGAAAUCCAGAAUCUCAUUUCUUGGUGGGAUAAUGAUGCAAACUAUGCCAACUGGUCAUCCCGUUUCAAGACCCAAUCCUACCGCAGAAUGCAAUCAUUAUUUAAUGACAAGACCGUCAGUCAGAUCAAAAACAAAGCAGAUGGACUCAUCAAAUCGUACAAUGAGGCCAUGGGAUUGUUGAAGGAAGCGUCCAAAUCUCCUCGGAAACGAGAUGCACUGACAUAUGCCCAAUUGAUUUCACAAUGCAAAUACUUUGAACGAAUGCACUCAGUGUUUAAAAGGCAUUCUGAAUGCAGCCUCGAACAAAUUGUUUUGGACCAAAUCAAGGCUCGAAUCCCUCCUGUCGAUGCAUCGGAUUUGGAUGAACCAGUUGGCAAUACUAAUGGCGAUCGUGUUGAAAGUAUAAAUACCAAGACUACUUUUUUGUCAUCACCGUUACAGAAUCAGCAUCUAAUUCAUCGACAAUUCGAGUCUGGAUCUGAAUCUACCACUAGUGAUGUCAAUACACCCGCUGCUGAUCUGUUUGGUAGCUGGGGUACUCAUUUAUCUGUAUCCACUUCAUCUGAGAAUACUUCCGACACGCUUGCUUACUCUGCACUACUGCAUCCCUCAAAUGCACUUAAUAUCCCUUCUUUUUCUCCACUUGCACAACCACCAAAAUUGCAUGAGUUGGGAUUGUCUGCUCCUAUACAUGCUUCCGCAACUACCGACAUGACUGAUCUCUCUCAUUUAUCUACUUUGCAUUCAAAACUUCUGGCUCUGCAAAGUCAGGAGCUUCACACAAAACAAAUCAUGGCAGAACUGGAAAUUCAGCGACUCAAGACAUGGAGCGAAGCUCUGCAAAACCAACAUGCAGUAACGCAACACGUUGGUGGAUUACCAGAUCCAGGCGUAUCCUCACAUAAUUCGACUCCUAUUCCUGAUAAUCCAUCUUCCCUUUCUGCUGUAUCAUUUCCAUUUAGAGCAUCUAAUCCACCUAAUCUCAGUCCACAUCCUUUUCGCUACAACAUGCUUCCGGCUGUACAAUCUCUCUUACCAAAAAGUCCUGAUAUGCUUGGUUUAGUUCAACGCCAAGAGUUUAAAGCGCGACGGGCUUUGAUGGAACUUGAUUUGUUUAGAAUCAAUUCAAUGUUGCUUGCUAUGGAACCUCCAAGCGAUAUGAAACGAAGCCAAGUGGAAACGUGGAAAACCGAAGUUCAGGGACGGUAUGAUGAUGUCAAGAAUGAACUGGAUCGUCUUCGCGACCUUCUUGAAAAUAAAGAUGACUAAAGUUUGGUGAUAUA